AGCCGCGAAAGGAAGAGAAGACACAGAGUGAGAACGAUUGACUGGAUUUGAUUUUUCUGUGGGUCAGUCAACGUGCAGGAGUGAAAAUAUCUAGUAAAAUCGUGCAAAAUUGGUGAAUUUCUACUCGUGGAACAAUGCAUUAACAUCGCAACACGCCAGGAAUCAAAUUUGAAGGUAAUAAAACACAAAGUAUUCGAACCGGCAUCAAGAUGUCGGUCCAUUACAAAUUCAAGAGUGCGUUGGAUUUCGAUACAAUUACCUUCGAUGGCUUGCACAUUUCCGUGGCCGAUCUCAAAAAGGCCAUCGUUCACCAGAAACGCCUUGGAAAGACGAUGGAUUUCGAUCUGCAAAUAACCAAUGCGCAAACAAAAGAGGAAUACAGCGAUGAAACAACCCUUAUUCCGAAGAAUACUUCGCUGACAAUUGCCCGUGUGCCGCUGAAAAACGUUCCCAAGAAGAGUUGGGAACCUAAAGUGGAUAAUACUCCGCAGCCAGUGCCAGCACCGAGGAAGGGGACCGAUGCUGGAGGCCAGUCUAAUGUGGACUUAUCCACCAUGAACGGCACGGAAGAGGAUAAAAUUCGCGAGAUGAUUUUCCAAAGUACGGCAGAUUAUGAUCCGACCAACUAUCAGAAAAUUCGCGGAACGUCACAAACCGGCGAAGUGCCCAUCAAUUACAAGUGCUUCCGGUGUCACAAGCCCGGUCAUUGGAUAAAGAACUGUCCACUUGGACCAUUGCCCAAGGAAGCAAUGGAAGUGAGGCGUACCUCCGGAAUACCGCGUUCGUUUAUUGAGCGCGACAAGGAUCCGGAAAACAAUCCUAUCAUUCAGUUGCCUCAGGCACCACCAGAAGAGAAACAGGUUAUCCCGGAGGACCUGUUGUGUAGCAUUUGUAAGGAUCUAUUCACCGAUGCCGUGAUGAUACCUUGCUGUGGUAGUUCGUUUUGCGACGAGUGUGUCCGAACAGCACUUCUCGAGUCGGAGGAUAACGAGUGUCCGGACUGCAAAGAAAAAGGUUCAUCGCCAGGUUCUUUGAUUCCGAAUCGAUUCCUCCGAAACUCGGUUAGUUCUUUUAAGAAUGAAACUGGUUAUACCAAUGCAGCCAAGAAACCCGCUGCCAACAAGCAAAUUAAGCCGGUGGAGGAGUCUUCAGUGGUGGUGGCGGAGCCUUCAUCAACUACAGCUGCUAGUAAUGUACCUGCUGCAGCUGCACCUGGAAGUGCUGAACCAGACACCAAGCAACAAGAGUCGCACGAUGAAAUUGUCGAAGAGGAAAAGGAGGAUACUUCGGAGCAAUGCGACUUACACGAAAGCUAUGAGGAGGUAUCCCAACAUGGAGACGUCGGUUCUCCCCCUGGCAUUGAGGAUAAAAUUUUCGAUAAUGAAUCUGAUUUCGAGGACAACAUAGUAGUGACGGUUCCUCCGGCGCACCUACAGAGUCGUGGCGCAUUUCGAGGUCAUUAUAACGGGCGACCUCCACGUCAUCCGCGACAUGAUACCCCACCAAACGGGCGUGAUCAGUUCAAUAAUGGCAACAACAAUAAUGGUGGAAAUCGGAGUAAUAUCGAACCAGCGCCGGAGGAAGGUGAUUCGGGUAUGGCUAAAUCGGAUGACUAUAAUGGUGCUCCAUCAGCGAACGCGAAACACGAUUACAGUUCACGUUCUCCCGAAUACCAUCAACCGAACACCAGAGGUUUGAUGCCAAUGCCACCUCAUAGUCAUCCCCCUCAUCAACAGCAUAUGGGAGCUAUUCCACCACACUCGAACUAUAUGGGGCAACCACACCAGGGUCCCACGGGCAUGUAUCCUGGUGCGAUUCACGGAGGGCCUCAUCCAUACCCUGGUGGAUAUGGCAUGCAGCCCGGUUAUCCCUCACAACGUCCGUACGAUCACCACGGUGGGGGAAUGUAUCAUGGAGAACGACCCAGAAUGAUGUAUCCUCAUCGUGGUGGUUAUCCACCACAUCCUCCACACAUGAGACCACGUCAUAUGGCACCAAUAGGUCCUGGGGGAGGUUAUCCCGGAGUGCCUAAUAUCGGACCCGGUGUUAUCGAUGAUCCACUGGAGGCAUUUAAUCGCAUUAUGCGCGAAAAGGAACGACGCAAGGAGCAAGAAGCCAAGCAGGCUAGUCGCCACCGCUCGCCACAUGCCGAUCGCAAUCGUCGGUCUCGUUCCUUCGACAACAACAGUGGUAAUAGGGGACGUGGACGUUCGAACGAGCGUGAUCGACGUAGGUCACCGAAAGGUCGCUCUCCCGACCGUCGUCGUUCGACAGAAGAAAAGCAUGCGGACGAACGUGAUCACGAGCGUGGACGAGAAAGGGAUCGCGAUCGUGAUCGUGAUCGUGACCGAAGUGGAAGGCGCAGGAAUCGAUCCAGUUCGUACAGUUCCAGCGGAUCUAGGUCGUAUUCGAGAUCUAAGUCCCGAUCGCCAGCGAAGAGAGUAAGACGAUCCCGCAGUCCGUAUCGCGAACGCCGGACGAAGAGUCGCUCGAAAUCAUUCGAGGAUAGAAGACAUGUGAAACAUAGCAAAGAUCGCCGAGAAGAGCGCCGGGAUGAACGCCGCGAUGAGCACCGUGCAGAAUAUCGUGAAAAUAGAGAAAGAACUCCGAAUUACACCACACAUUAUUCGAACAGCUACCGCGGUCGUGGAGGCUUCCGAGGUUCCUCACGUGGUCGGGGUGGUAACCGUGACGGUGGUUAUCAGCCGCACUUUUCACGAGGCUAUGAUCGUGGACAUCCGCAAGGACCGAUGCAAACCCCACAGCAUGAUCAAUAUGGUCACCCGAUGGGACCGAAUGACUAUCACCAUCACGAUCCAGCUGCUGGUCAUCAUCACGGAGUACCGCCCGGUCAUGUCGGUAUGCAGCAUGGAGUACCACCGGCUGGACACUAUGCCCCACCCGCACAGCAAUCGAUGCCCCCGAAUGCUGCGGCCCCAAGCAGGUACCCACCACGAGAUGGUCAACGGGGUCCGCCAUACAUGGAACAUCCGGUGAAGCCGGAUCCAAUGGCAUACUAUGAACCGCAACCCCAACCAACACAACAGCAGCAGCAGCAGCAGCAGGCGCCGCAGCCUGCUUUGAUUAAUUCAGAGCCUCCGCCGCCUGGAUUCGAAGAGCAGGAUAGUUGGUCGGGAAAGCAGGAACCAGAGUAUCGUGCUCCGGCAACACCCGUGAAGGCCUCUGUUGAAGAGAACACCUACGAGUAUCACAACACGCCAAAGAGUCGUGAACACGAGCGGGCGUUGACCCCCGUUAUCCGUGACGAUCGUCACGAUUCGCACACGACUCGCUCGCAUUCCAAAGAAAGGGACAGUGGUAAGAAGAAGAGCCGAGAGGAAUCCGAUGAUCAUCAUCGGCGGGAAGCAAGACGAGCGCGCUCUAAGACCCCCGAUCGACCAGAGAAGGAUAAGUCAUCCAAACGGAACGAUCACGAGCGGGAAAAGGAGAAAGAGAAGAAACGAGCCGAGAUGGCUAGAGAAAGGCGGCUGCUUGAGAAGGAACGGGAAAAGGAAAAGGAAAAAGAGAAAGAAAAGGAACGCGAGAAAGAGCUGAAGCGUAAACAAAGAGAUUCGAGCGAGGAGGACAGGAAGGACAAGAAAAAAGAUAAAGAAAAGAAAAAACGCAAGAAAGAGAAAGAAGCGGAAAAGAAAAAGCAUAAGAAGGAGCGUAAAGAAAAAGAUAAAGAACGUAGAUCGAAGGAGAGGAAAAAAGAGCGAAAGACGGUUGAGAAAGAGGAAGCGGAUAGCUCUCAGCAGCCAGCCACUCCGAAACAUGCUCCUAGGAGGGACGUUGAGAAUGAACAAAGCUUGAUUCGCGAACGACAGGCUGAGAUUGAUACCACGCAGGAAUUUGGAUGCAACGAAUUAGACGAUACCUUCGUAUUUCCAGCUAGUUCAGCCGACAUAAGUAAAAUUAAUUCCGAGGCCGAAGAAUUCUCCUAUCGAGAGGAGCCCUCGAGCAGCCAUGAUCACGAGGAACCAAAUCAUCAACCGCUGGAGGAAAGUCACGAUCAUAGUGAUCUCUAUUCCGAUAUUCCAGAUAAAUACGAAGGGGAUCAGUUGGAAAAAUCUAUCCUCGAGGAUCUUGCUGGUGGGGAGGAUGUCGACAUGGUGAACAGCAGUGGCGUAGGGGUGGACGAUCACAUACCAGAUGGUAUCAAUAGAUCAGACUCGAUUCUCGAUAUUCACGCCAACCUUGAUUUCGAAGCAGAUCUGGAGGACACGGUGACAAACUCUCCAGUUAAGUCAAGCAUGUUCAUCGGUAUUCCGGUGCUUUCGAAAUGGGAAUUGGAUGAGGAUGCUGCCGUCAUCUCCAGCACUGAUCGUAAACCGCCAGUUGAGCAGCACAUCACCAGCGUUAAGCAGGAUGAAUCUUCCAACAAAGUGACAAACGAGGUUUUGAAGCGAGCAGAGAAUGCUAUCUUUACGCGUGCGAUUAAUGCCAUACGGCCGAUCGAAAUCAAGAAAAUUAGUGUCGAUCGCCAGAAGCUGUACUCGAACGAGACGCUCCAAGAGGAAGAGAACACCUCGCUGGAUAUGAAGGUCGAGAAGCAGCAGGAUGAACUGAAGAGAUUCCAGGUCACUGUCCCUGUGAACGACGACAGGGCCGAGCGCUCGGUUGAGAUAAAACCCGACACGAGUGGCGGUAAAAUCGAGCAUCGAGCAUCUCCAGUUCGUACCUCGAUUAAAGAGCGACUAGGCAGCAAGAUAACUGAAGUUCACGAAAGCAGCUCAAGUACGUACUCGCACUCGCGAACGCCACCCCCAUUGCGGAAAGCGAAGGUAUCCAGCUCCUCCACCGUGACGAAGGUGGCGGAGCAAUCGGCUCCGAAACGGACCCGAAGCCGAUCGGUGGACCGCAAUGGACGGGAAACUAGCAGAAAGCCGAGAAUUGAGCGGGAGGAACGGCACCGAGAUGACAUACGGAUAAGCAGUAGACGUCCGGAUAGCGGUAGACGAGUCGUGCUAGCCGUAAGGGAAUCAACUCCUGAGAAAAGAAAAGAAUCCGAUAAGAAGGAGAGGGGAACCGACCGAGGAGUUGAUGGCAAAGGGCAAGAUCGAUCGGCAAAAGAUUCAGGGGAUAGAAGUCGCGAAAGAGCGGUUCGAAGAAGCAGAGAAAAAAGCCGAGACGGACAACGGGAAAAAUCUAAUUCAUCUGCAAGACGUGGCGAACGAGAUCGCGAAAGGGACCGUGAGCGGGACAGAUCUACGAGAAGAGAUCCGAAAGGAAACGAAGACAGACAUAGGAAGGCAGAAAGUCGAACAAGAAGAAGCCCAGAUAAAACCGCCCCUAACGAUCGUAACUAUAAGGACGAAAAGAAAGCUCAAGACAGAAAGCGCUCCGGGAAUGAACCAGAGCGACGGCAUCGCGAUGGAACGCCAGCGGAUAAAGAUCGUCCGGGUGGGUCUUCCCAUCGAAGGGAUGAAGUUCGCAAACAAGCUCUGGAAGAAUCUAUCGAAAAACCAUUGGAAAUGCCAUUCAAGAAGAGCAAGCUGGAUAAACCAGCGAAAGCACCUCGGUCGGCUGCUAGUUCCAGCGACUCUAGUAGUUCAGAUUCCGACUCGUCAUCUUCGGACUCGAGCAGUGAAUCUGAUGAGGAAACGAGCAAAAAACGGAAGAAGCGAAAGCACAAAAAAGAACGUAAACAUGCAAAACGGUCGGCUUCAACCGAUUCGGACGAUUCAGGUGGGAAGAAGAAGAAAAAAAGCAAGAAGUCAAAAUCCAGCAGGAAGAAAAAGAAGGACAGAAAACAUCGCAAAGAAUGAAUUUGACAUUUUCCAAUGAUGGAAAGAAAGAACAGGAAACGCAAAAUCAAGGCAGUAAUGGAAUAAAGUGUGCAAGGGAAUAUAUUAAUAUGUUGGUGGAUUAAUAUAAGCGCACCAUAUUCCGUAGGCAUGAGUUUGAUUUGAAUUUUCAGUUUGAACAUCUUGAAAGCAGCAGUGUAGAUUCCUUCGAAAGAACAAUACAAGUUAGAUAAGUUAUUGCCCACUAUCACUAACAUGACUAUGAGAAGUAAAUUGAAAUUUUGUGCAGCAUUGAAGUAACAAUUCAUUUCGUUGAAUUUUACAUGGUCCAUAUUGUGUAUACAAUUAUCUUGAUGGAAAUAAAAAAUAUAAAUUGAAC